AUGUUCUGCUUACGAAGCUGGCUGCCCCUCCUAUUCAUCCCGACCAACGCCUCCCCGGCCUUCAUCUUCCUCUUCUUCGUCUGCACAUACUUCCUCAACCGGCCCUGCAUCUACUGCUCCUUCCUGCUGCUGAUCCUGUUCAUGACCUCGUGCAACUGGUCCGACCGCUGCUUCUUCGACUUCAGCUCCAACUGGUUCCAGCCUCGCCCGGGCGUAUCCUACUUCACCGACGGCACCGCCUCCUUCACGUGCCCCGAGGCCGGCGGCUGCAGCCACGACGGCGCCCUGUCUGCCAUGGAGAACAUGUCGGCCACUGCGAACGCAACCUACCUCGUGGCUAAGGACACUGUCAACGCCACGGCCAACGCGAUGAUGGGUGCCGCGGUCGAGCAGGUCGCCCAGACGAGGAGCGAGUGGACGGGCAUAGGAAUGGAGUGGUUGAGGACACUGCUGGGCAAGAGGGAAUGGAGGAUAGAGUGUCUGGACGUCUAUAUCCGGCUGUGA